AACGCGUAUUUCAAAGAAGACAUUUCUUCUUCAACGAAGAAGAUUCUGACAAAGCGGCUCAGGUCCAAAUUUAAAAAUUACAAAGAGCCUUACAACCAACGAUGUAUGCAAGGACUAACACCGGCAGCUCACAUGGAGAGUUUCCUGACAGAAAUGGAGUGAAUUACGUGACGUCGACAGAGUCUUUCGGCCACUGCUCGCAAUUGUUCUGGAAAAAGGAUCCACACGACUCGAGUUCAACCAUCAACUGGUGUGAUCAGCUCCCUUCAUCAUCAGCUGCGAUCUCAAGUUCCAGUCUAUCUUCCACCUCUCUGUCCAGUUCCAGUCUCUCCUUAGAAUCCAGAACACCGGUACCAACAACAUCCACGUCAGAUGACAUGGAUUCAGAUGAGCGGCCAUAUGUCUGUGACCUUUGUAGCUGUGCAUACAAACAUGCCAGCUCCUUGCUCAACCACAAGCUCACUCACAAGACUGGAGACUUCAGAUGUGACUUUUGCAGCAAACCCUACACCAACUACAUGUCUUUGCGUAACCAUAUGCGAAUCCAUGGUCAGAAGCGCUACAUGUGUGAUCGUUGUGGGAAGGCCUUUCGAUUGGCACGGUAUCUUCGCAACCACCAAAGGAUCCAUGAUGAUGGGCCAAACCGCUUUGACUGUCCUUCCUGCUCCAAGAGUUACAGGACAAUGCUAGAGCUGGCUCAACACCGUUGUAGUGCUGCAACACCCAGCCAGUCUGGCAGUCGUCGUUCAAAUUUCUCUGCCACACCUCGCCGUCAGCAGCGGCAACAGCACCAGAACAAUGCUUCCUCCAUAAUGCAAUCUCAACAUGGAGGACACAAUCAACAGGAACCUCUGCCCUCACACUGCGUUUCACCGAUUUCCCAGGGAGGCCAGGGUGGUGGUUUGGCCAGCCAGUCUGUCGCUGACCCCCACCAGAUGUCCUCUAUGUACUGGCCCAAGUCAAGGCCACAUCGAACACAAACCUGGCAGUGGAUUUGGAACAAUUGUAUGCAUUAUACAGAAAUGUGCAAGCUGUUCCUUUUCCAGAACAUGGGACAGUCAACCAAUGAUGAAUAAAAUGACAGUUGGCAACCUAAUGUUGUCGGCAGCUAUCGUUUAUUCAGGUUGUCAGAUAAGCCGUAUUUUAUGUAUGCUGCAAAUAAUGAACGCUUCAUUAAUUAGCAGGCAAACAUCAGCGUCACCAAUUUUUUUUAUAUUUUACCUACAAUUAUAAUUGGAUGGAGAGAAAAACAAGCAGCGCUAAUUCAGGAAAUCAGACAAAUCCCUCAUGGAAUCCACCUUGCAGGAGACUGCAGAAAUGACAGUGCUGGUCACUCAGCUAAGUAUGGCUCUUAUACUUUAAUUGAACUAAAAAAGUUGUCAAAAAUGAAGUACAGAGCAAUGAAGCUGGAAACAGCAAUGGUUGUGAACUACUGGGCUUUAAGAGAUGUUCGUAUUUGACAGAAACUGAAGACCUGACCAUCAAAAGCAUGGUCACAGAGAGAGAGACACAAGUCAGGAGCAGCCUUUAUUCGAGACGAUUUAAAAGUAACCCACGUUGCUCAGAGUUAAAAUAUUAUAAUGAUGUGUGGCAUCCCGCCAAAGGUCCUGAUAAACUUACCAAGAUUGGAUAUUUGUCCACUAAGGUGAUGCUCUGGAAAAAAUCUGUCAUAAAUCAUAUGUAUUAUGUAGCAGGCACAGCACCUGCAGAAAACAGGAAGGAUUGCCUAAAAGACACGUGGCUGUCCUUGGAUAAUCACAUUCAUGAUCAACAUGAACACAAUUCCAAGAUAUAUACAUAUUGUGAUCCUGUCCAUUUGAUUUAUGAGCGCAACAAAGAGUGGCUUGUUUGUGGGACCAUGGUCAGUAUAAAACCUACAGAUGUCAUCAUAUCUCCCCGUACCUGCGUGCGUCUUCUGUGGGAUCUUGAGUUUCCUCCCACAUCCCAAAAAACAUGCAACAUUAAUUAGACACUCUAAAUUUUCCCUCGCUGUGAUUGUGAGUGUGACUCUUGUCUGUCUUCGUGUACCCUGCGAUUGGCUGCCACCAUUUCCUUCUGCCUGAUGACAGCAGGGAUAUGCUCCAGUACUCCCCUGGCCUUGUGAGGAUAAGCGAUGAAGAAAAUGAAUGAAUCUAAAUGGCAAAAAGCUAGGCUAAUUAGGAGAAUUGUUAAUUUUUUUAAAAAAUAGCUCUUACUUGCAUUGUGGAAAAUCCAGUCGGUCCUGAUACUGUUGCCUGAAUUGUAAGUACGCAACAUCCAGUACCCACGAGUUCAGACAGUUGGCAAGAAAUCCUGGGUGCUCCGUCAUACACUAUAGAUGGUCUGGAUAAUCUACCGUUUUCUGAUGAAAAUGUUGACUCUGUUGGCAACAAAAACUCUGUUCUGUUGUUUGCAUGGGUAUGCAGCAUUUAUAUGCACACCUGUGGAUAUAAUCAAAGAAUAAUAAAAAAUCUGUUCACAUUCACAAACUUCUACAGGCUCAAACACCCAUAUCAGUCCAGUAAGCAGAACCGUCCAUCUCUUUUACAUUAGUAUUUUAAGCGUUUAGUGCCCGAACAAAAUCACAAGACACUGGUUUACAGCUUUCAGUGUUAAGUUUUGCGGUUUUGCUCGUGACAUCUUGGGAAAAUUGUAACGAAAACGGGAUUUGAACGGGUCUGGGUACUGUCUGGUUAGGGCAUCAGUUUAGAACGUGAAAUUAUAUUUAUGGUGAAGCAAGUUAUGACCAGCUAUUGUGCUAAAAUUAACUUAGCAACAUUUUAAACGGAUUUCGUUCAUUAAAAUCCUUAUUUGUGAAAACAUAUCAUUUUAGACUGUGGGCUACGUUAUCAUUGUCUGUGUGUUUUGGUGCAAUAAUAAACGAGCCUUGUACACGCAAAUUAGGGACAUGCAUCGUACUCCUGAUAGUUUCUCAUACAAGCACAGGCAGAUCCAUCGCGCUGUACAAUGAACAGCCGGGUGGUUGCGUACCUAUUUACUAAAUACACAGCGUUUUUCAAACAUGGUAAGUCAGUUCUCAAAAUAUUAAAGGCAACUCUUUAUACUAUCAGUAGCACUAGAUCUAUAUCUAAGCUAGUGAGUAAUCUGGUCGAGUGUAUCAAUACAAUGCGACGUAACAAGUUUGAGACUUAAAUGUUAUUAGUAAUUACUACAGAUCAACUUCUUUAACACGUUUUGCUGUACGGUAUAGGAAUUCCA